AUGUUUCACCAUUUCUUGUGUUCCUUCUGGUCCCGUCCAUUCUGGGUUUUAAAACCACCUUCUGGUCUGCAAGAUCCCCUUAAACAACUAAGCACUCCCAUCUUUGGUGAGCAUUUUGUUAGCCACAACCUCAUAAGUCUAAAUGGAAGUGCUAGCAUCCAUGCGGAAAUUGUAAAUCCAAUCAUCUUUGGAUCUUCAUCCGGAAAGGGAGAAGGUUUACCAUAUUAA